AUGAACGGUGGUAAGUUAAUUCAAGAUGUACAAUUGCAACCAACUCAACAACCUUACGCUCCACACAUUACCAAACAGAAAAUAUAUCAGUUCUUACUAGCUUAUGGCUUACAAGAUUACUACAAACCAACAAAACAUUAUAUUACCUUUGAUUUUGAAACUUUAGAAACAACAGAGGAGAAAUCAAUUACUAAAUCAACAACUUUAAAUGCAGUGCUCAAACCUUUUAUGGUCUCAAGUGUAUGUGAAGAUGUUACAAAGAACUUUUGUUAUGCUACUGAUGAAAACUUUAUUAUCAAUUGGAUUGAUUGGUUAUUUGAAAGAGCAAAAGAGGUAAAGGAUUUGAACAUGAGUCAGUAUGAAGAAGUUUUUAGUAAAUUGAAAACAAUUGAACAAGAAGAAAAAUUUCUAAAACUACUUGAAGCUGAAUAUUCAAAUGUAAAUGUGAUUGGAUUUAAUUCAAGCAAGUUCGAUCUGAAUUUAAUCUUAAGAGAGUUUAAUACUGCACGAUGGAAGAUUUUGUCAAUGCUUGGCUCUUCUUCGCAGUAUAAACAAAUCACCGUUCAUAAGAAAGAAUAUCCAAAUUUGCAAUUCAUUGAUAUCAGAAACUUUGUUGCAGGUGGCACAUUAGUUCAAUUUACUCAAGACUUUGGAGAUAAUCUCAAAAGAGUUAAAUCAUUCUUUCCUUAUCAAGCUAUAACAUGGGACAAUUGGAAAGAAGAAUUAUUCAAAACUGAGCCCUUCACUAAAAAAUGUUCUUCUCAAGUUUAA